AUGCUUCUCUCCAACAUCAACAUUUACCCAACGUUGAAUUUUUUGGUCCUCACAAUAGUUACUUCUAUUGCCUAUCGUAUAAUUUACAAUUUAUACUUUCAUCCUUUGGCAAAGUUUCGUGGGCCAUGGUAUUCAUCUUGCUUUUCUCUCCCUCUAGCGAUCAUUUCGAUAAAAAGAUGGGAACAUCAAUGGGUAGAUGGUCUGAUCAAGAAAUAUGGAAGAGAUGCACCAAUUCGUGUUGCCCCUGAAAUGCUCCUCUUUCCACGGCCAUCCGCGUUGAAAGACAUAUAUUGGGACCGAAGCCUUAACGAAAAGUCUACUUUCUAUGGUACUGGUCUCUUUGGUCCACCGAGCUUAUUCACUACCCUUCCAUCUGUCGAGCAUGUACCUUUAAGAAAAGCAUUAGGGGCUGCACCAUGGGCAAUUGGAGACGUGCGAAAAGAUUGGGAAAGAAGCAUGGAUGAUCAAAUCCUCCUUUUCACUAAGAUUAUGGCUGAAAAGGCAAAGGCAGGUGAAACAGUUGAUCUCUGUGAUAAAUUAGCAGAAUUUGCAGCCGAUAUAAUGACGAUCUUCUCGUUUAAUCAACCAUGGGGCUUCGUAAAAGCCAGUCGAGAUGAACGAGGGUUACUUCAUAACUGGAGAGAAACCCUUGAUUUCAUUGGUUUCACGGCCAGAUUCACCUUCUUUCGGAAAUACAUCCUCAGCCUUCCAGGAGUUGCGUCGUGGGCAUUACCCGAGCCUAGCAGUCAACAUGGUAUGGGAUAUCUAAUUCAUGAAGCCGACCGCGCCAUCACACAGCGCGAAUACGAAGUAUGUCAAGGCUUAUAUCCGGAGAAGCCGGACUUUUUACAACAUUGUCUUGAUGCAAGGAUCAACGACGAACCACUUGCUCCCCUACAAAAACGUUCUCACGUGACCCUUCUUAUCCAAGCCGGCGCUGACACAACCGGUACUGCACUCGGCGCCAUUAUCCGGUUUCUAGCUACAACACCAGGUUGUUACGCGAAAGCAUUGGCCCAAAUUCGUGAGGCUGAAGCGAAGAAUUUGCUCUCAACGCCAAUCCAGGAUGAAGAAGUACGAGCUCAUCUUCCAUAUUUAAUCGGCGCUGUCAAAGAAGGCAUGCGUUUAAACCCCAGCGUAACCAACUGGCUUCCGAGGAUCGUUCCGCCAGAGGGGAAGAUGAUCAAUGGAUUUUUUGUGCCAGGUGGGAUGGACAUUACGAGUCAAGCUAUGGUCGUACAAAGGGAUCCAAUUUUGUUCGGACCCGACCCAGAUGUCUUUAGGCCAGAGCGCUGGAUGGAUGGUCAAGAUGUGGAAUUGGAACAUGGUAUGUUCAUUUUUGGAGUUGGCCCAAGAGUUUGUUUGGGAAAAGAGAUUGCAUUGAUGGAAACCUACAAGCUAGUAUCCGAGAUCGUCCGACGUUUCGAUAUCGAAGUCAUCGAGAAGGGAACAUAUAUUUCCGCGGGUGGAAUAUCAUACAACGAGGGCUUCAUCGUGAAAAUGCAUCCACAGACGGUGGAUUGA